AUGCGCGGAAAGAUAAAGGGCUCCCCCAGAUCGGAGUGGGAGUUUGAGGUCCACGAGACAACGAACAGGCAGCGAGGGCUGUGUCGACCCGUCGUAGGCAAAACACCGUCCAUAGCACUGAGGCACCACGACGCCGUCGCUCCCUCGUACGUGGCAGCGGCUGAGAAAAGUAUACGCAAGGCGGUAGUGGCCGCAGAUCUGCGGCGGAUUCGCGAGGAUAGUAUGGGGGCUCGGGGCAACGCGAACUUGAUAUAUGAUGAAGACGGAGACGUCACUGAGCUUGACGAAUGCAAUGCGAGCAACGCGCGUGAUGGCUCCGACGUGGUCAACCUCUCGUACACGACGGAGGUCGAGGAAGGUAGAGACAAGGAUAUAGUAGCGGGGCGUGCAGCAGAGGAUACGCAAUUUGUGGUGAUUUGA